AUGUAUUGAGUGGAAACGUGGGAGUCCUGGCUCAUUACUCGAUGAGCGUAGAACUGAUCAGUACGGCCGAUAUUACAUCAAGUGUGGACACUAUCUACUUCCCGUGUGGUGCGCUAUGUUGGAUAUACACGUGUAAGCAUGAGUCCCGGGAUCCGGGACAGACUUGAUGUCCGGUGAUCGGGAGGCCGAUCGCGGACCUCGCAACACAGUAGGCUGCGAACCCACAACACAAGCAGGCAGGCCAGGCCAAUAUGGCGGCCAUGCCUCGACUGUUUGUGAGUGUUGCUUUUGUUGUUUUGGGGAGUUACAUUGUCCAGCAUGGAGCUUUUGGAGAAAAUGUACUCUGCCCAGGGGCUUGUUCAUGUCUGGCCAGAAUGGUUGACUGCAGUAAGAAGGGUCUCAUCGAGGUGCCGAAGGAUUUACCGAGCUGGGUAACGAUAUUGGAUUUACAAUCAAAUGCGAUAACAACAUUGAAUCCCGAUGACUUUAAGGGAUUACGUCUUAUAGAAUUAGACCUAAGCAACAAUGACAUCAAGUUUAUAAACAACACCGUCUUACACAAUCUGUCGUCUCUUCAAAUUCUAAAACUCAACUACAAUAAACUAACCGAGGUUCCUGUGAUGUCUGCAAAUUCAAGUUUAACAGAAUUAGCAUUGAACCACAACGCCGUCAACACACUGAAUCCAGAGGCAUUCCAAUCAAUGCCCAACUUGAAGACACUGGAGUUGAAUUACAAUGAAAUUAUGGACUUACCUCUAGGGACAUUUCCUGCCAAGUCAAAGCUUGAAAAACUGUUUUUAAACAAUAAUCGUAUAGUGAGUCUGGAGCUUGGAUCCUUUGUGAACAUCACGUCUCUGGAAUGGUUGAAACUAAACAAGAACAAGCUGAUGGAGAUCCAGAAGCAUCAGUUUGUCAAUCUGACAAACCUCAAAACUCUAGAAUUAACCAGGAAUCGAAUACACAAGGUGGAAGGUCUUGCAUUUGCUGAACUGAAACAUUUGAAAGUGCUCAAGUUGAAGAAAAACGCCCUGACCAACCUCAUGGAUGGUGCUUUCUAUGGCUUGGAGAGAGUAGAGACACUCCUGCUGGAUCAUAACAACAUCUCCAGUGUACAGAAGAGAUGGCUGUAUGGACUAGAGUCUAUCAGACAACUGACUCUCUCGCACAACAAUAUUCACACAAUUGAGCAAGAAUGUUGGGGUUUUUGCAAGAAACUCACCAAACUGGAUAUGACCCACAAUCGCCUGAGUUCAAUUGCCUCCAGAACAUUUGCUCAGCUAGAGGCGCUUCAGGAACUGCUUCUCAACUUCAACCUGAUUUCUCGGAUAGAUGAUGGAUCCUUCAAGGACUUAUCUUCUCUCACUACAUUGGAGUUGAAUAACAAUGAGAUUGCUGAUGCCAUUGAGGAUUCAAAUUCAGCAUUUGAUGGGUUACGGAAGCUGGUUAAGCUGAGUCUUGCCACCAAUAAGAUUCUGUCUAUUACACGUGAAGCCUUCGAUGGCUUGGACAAGUUGAGACACCUGUAUAUGGAAGACAACGCCAUCACGUCCAUUGAGGAGAAUCCAUUUGUUGGUCUCAACAUGCGUGACCUACAUUUCAACACCAGCAACUUGCUGUGUGACUGCCAGAUUGCCUGGCUCCCUGCCUGGUUACGUCAGGCUGGGUUCGAAUCCAGCGUCCACGCUGUGUGCAGUCACCCCAUAUCCCUCAAGGGACGCAACAUCUUCGACGUGCAGUUUGAAGAUUUCAAAUGCAUCAAUUUGUCCAAGCCAUUGAUUCUGGAAGAUCCGAAGUCUCAGAUAGCACUGAAGGGAGACAAUGUGACCCUGGGCUGCAUUGUGAAGGUGCCUGGAGAAGGCACGCCAAAGUUCCAGUGGAAGAAGGAUAACAUCCUCCUGACCAGUGCCGAUGUUGUGACUGAAGGUGUCCAGGAUGGUGAUGCGAUGAGCUACACAUCUCGCCUGCACAUGCGAAAUGUGCAGGAUGACAUGAACGGCCUCUACCAGUGUGUCAUCACAAACAACUUCGGUUCAUCUUACUCAAAGAAGGCUGAAAUCAGUGUGCAUGUGUUCCCUGUGUUCACGAAGAUCCCUGUUGAUGUCACCGUGAAGGUGGGGACCACUGCCAAGCUGGAGUGUUCCGCCACGGGGCAACCUCAGCCCACCAUCGCCUGGCAGAAGGACGGUGGAAUCAACUUCCCGGCAGCCCGCGACCGACGCAUGCAUGUCAUGCCGUCCGAUGACACGUUCUUCAUCACUAACACACGGACAGAGGAUGAGGGCAUCUACAGUUGUACCGCCACCAACGAUGCAGGAACCAUCAUCAUCAAUGCAACAUUGACUGUGCUUGAAACCCCUUCCUUCAGUCAGCCAAUGGAUGAGGAGAAGGUAUUUCAAGUAAGGGACACAGUGGUUCUAGAGUGUCGCGCUUCUGGCAAACCUAAACCCAAGCUGAAAUGGCUUAAGGAUGACAAAGAACUUGUGUUCACCGAUCGUCACUUCACCACCGCAGACGACCAGUUGCUGAUCAUCGUGGACACCCAGCCCUCAGACAAAGGAACCUACACCUGCAAGAUGUCCAACACCCUCGGAGAGCAGAAGGGCAAGACAUUGCUGAAACUGCGGGCCGGUGACGGGAGUUUCGGGAACCAUGCUGCCGCUGGGUUUGGUUUGGAUGAUGAAUCGACAACAACAGGCAUCAUCAUCAUUGCCGUGGUGUGCUGCGUCGUGGGGACAUCCCUGGUGUGGGUCAUCAUCAUCUACCAGACACGCAAGAGGCAUGAGCUAUACAGUUCCACUCCAACAGGGCAUCUUUGUAUUCAAGAUGAAACAACUCUGCCCUGUGAAGUCCCAAGUUCCGGCUACACCUCUUCAGACAAGGAAGGCAGUUUCAGCCAGCCACCGAUAACAGUGCUUAACUACCAGUACCCAGACUACCAAAUGAAGGAGUCGGGUUACGAGUCCUCCUCGGGGAGAUUUCGUCCAAAUGGUUGGAACCGUCCUGCCGCCAUCUUCCCCAGCGAUGUGGAUGAAGACGACCAGCCACAGUCUAUCCAGUACAGCCUCGCUGACCAGCAGCAAGGAAGGCAUUCAGGAGGAAACAGUAUAUCCAGCUUGCACUACCCGCACAGUGAAACGGACACUAUUGCUAGCUCACACAGCACCAGCAGUACCCAUACAAGCGGGCAUCACACGUUACGAACAUUUCACCCUCAGUUGACCAAUCACGAUCGGUGUCAACACCUUGGGAAUUGUGACAAUUGUGAAAGUUGUGAGUGCUGUGAGAAUUCUCGGACUGUGGGGGUGCAUUCACAUGUAGUAUCCAUGCACAAAUCUCACAGUAUUUCCUCAAUACCAAGUUCAAGGUCGUCAGGAAGUGUAGGGCGGCCUGAUGGUGUGUUGUCGCCCCAUGUUGCUCACUCAAAGUGCUCUUCUGUAGGAACUCCCUUGGCAAACCACUCAGACUCGGGUGUGUGUGAGUGUGCCAGUGGAGGAGUAGCAGGCGGGGGACUGACCUCUCCACAGCCAGUUCACAUUACAUGUAACCCACUGGACCGGUUACCCACCUCUGUAGACUCUACACGUGAGAAAUCACACAAGGUGCCGAACGGAGCAUGCCCACGCGUAUCAGCAAAGUCCCAGCAUGCAACUGUAAAUACUCAAGUCUGUCACCCGUCAGCCAAUCAUGUGCCAGCCAAAACACGUGACUGUUACGACAGCCCACACUCUGUCAUUCCAGGGCCUCAUUUGCAUACGAACUCUGUGAACCGAACGAGACAAAACUCCCAGGUUGACGUAUAGCACAACGGGUUGUGGAGCAACAUAAUACAGCAACUGUGAUUGGCUCAAAUCCUGUGAAGCAGAAAUGCUCCACCAAUGGCGCAAAGUGUCCUCAAAACUUCAGUGCUAUUUAAUGAGGAUACUGGACGUUAAGCGACAUGGUCGCUAAAGUACAAUGGUCAAGUUGUGGACGAAUGGUGACUGUGUCGCCACAAUGCAACUCUGAAGACGGGUAUUUUUUUGUGUCAGAAAGAGGCUCAAAAACGAGCAGUUCGUGUGUACUUAAGGAGGGAGACAUUAGCAAUCGAACAAGAAGCCUCCACCAUGUGACCCCAUAUACCUCAAUUCUAUUGGCUGCGACCGUCUUGGGGAGGCGGAGGUUUCUGGGAAUCAUACGAAGUAUUAGCUGUGUACAGACGCAAUAGAGUGAGAGCAUGAGACAAACUUUGUACAUAUAUGUGACACGGGCGUGUGUGGAGAGUGAGUGAGAAGAGCAAUGCAAGAUGGGGAUGUGGCUAAAACUGCUCAUUGGCUUCAGUUACAAGGAAAUGAAAAAACUAAAAUAUUGCUGGAAAAUUAAAGGACAUCUUUCUUAGUUAUUAUUCAAAUGUAAUUUGCGUUUUUAAGACUGUAAGUGAAGCUGUUUUAGUAUAAUGUAGCCACAUCGCCUCAGGUCGGCCCAAAUCGGCUACAGCAUUAACCCUAGAGCUGGUAAGCUCAUUUCUACCUCCAGCAUCUUGUGUUUCCUCUCUAUUUGCUGCAGCUAAAUGCUCCUAUAGGCUAGACGCAUAAUACUGUGUGCUACACGUGAUGACGACAUGUCCAGCCCCUUUCACGGACCAUUCUCUACUCAGUGUACCCGAGUGGUUAACAUUCCUUGAAAGGGUUAACAAGUUUCUCCGCUGAGAACUGUCCAGUGCACAGCCCAAAUAUAAGUCUUUUUUAAUUCUUGGCCCAAUUCAAAAGGUUCUGUAGCACUACAACAAUGUCCGUAACCUAUGGUUACAAUAUUUUUUAGAACUAUGAAUAAAUAGUGGAUUGGGACAAGAAGUUUUAAAUACAGAAAAAUAACAUCUCUCAAGUUGUGGGGCAAUCGUAUAAAAUUGUUCAGACAUUAUAUCAUUUGUGUAAUAGACAGAUUUCAGUGGCAGGAUUUGGACAUGGUUGUCAUUUCUAUUAUUUUUAGAUGCCAAUGGUAUAUGUUUGUUGGAUGCAUACAAGUGCUGAGUGGAGUAGUAUGAAAAAGUCUGAGGCCAAACUUGUUUUAAAAUGGCAUAAAUCCUUAACAGGAUUGAACAGGUCUCAGGGUUGAUUUUUCAUGUUACUUCAAGUUUUUAGCAUUAACGAAAGGAAGGUAUACAAAAGCUUGAGUUUCAUUAUUGCUUAGAAUAAAGUAACUGUACAAAAGGGGUAAACAUUAUUUUAAUUAUUACUGUUCAAUGCAUAAUUACUGAUCCGCGAAAUCCACCCCCUCGGUAACCCCCCCCUCAUGAAAUCCUCUCUUCCAGUGUGUGCAAUGGCUUUGUGGGCAGUUUUGAUUGAUAUAUAUUCAACAUGGUUUAUACCUCAGACUGAAUGGCAAAAUAAACCCAGAAUUAUUGCAUUUCUUGUGGAGAAAAAGUGUCCAUUGUCAAAUUAUCUACUUAAUGUUUUGUGAGUACUUAAGCCCCACCAAAGGAGCAAUUUCCAUGUUUUUCUGGACAAGAUGUGGUAAUAAUUCUGGUAAUAAGAGUUGUGAAGACCACUGUAUCAGAGAGAUCUGAUACUGGUUCGGGGCCCAUAUGAUAUGCUUGUUAUUGCCCAUGCGAGGCCCUCCUUUGAUGGACAAGGAUUGUGAUGCUGAUUGGCUAGCUGUUAAGUGACUUGAAUUUUACAUGACAAACUUACAUGUUGUCAUGAAUAUCACUGGUACAUUUGUUUUAAAAUCAUGAAAAGUAUAUGAAUGAUAUUUUAAUGACUUUUUUCUUGUUUGAAACAAGUUCAUAUGACUUGCCAAUUUGAUAUUUUCCUCAAAAAAUAUAAACACAUUUCAAUCUUGAAGCAUUUUGUCAUGAGUGGGCAAUGCAUGAUGUGACCGAGUCGGAUGUGUGGUAGUGUGUGUGCGUGCAUUGUUCAUGGAGGGUCUUGGCACAAGGGCACAUGUUUGUAUAUAUUUUGUUGACUACACAUCUUUGUACAACAUCGACUCAAGAAUGUAGAACUAAUUUAUUGUACAAACUACUACAAGUUUGAGCGAGACCUUAAGCAAUCAGUACUGUUAUUUGUACAGUAUAUUUGACAAAAAAUAAAAAGAACAAAUAAAAAAACAACAAAAUAAA